UUAGUAAAUGUGAUAGCCUAUGUUUUUCACAAUUGUUUUCUUUUAUUGUUAGCUGAGGAGCUGGUGCCAAAAAGAAAAAAACAAAAACAACCUUGUUUGAUGCUGCCCACUGCACCUUCUUUUCAUCCUACUCAGCCAAGUUCGACAAAUCAUCAGGUUCAAGUUCCUUCUACCUCAACAUUCCAGCCACAGCAACAUCGCUCCAGUUCCACAACUCAGCAGGUUCAAGAAAUGUCCAAGUUAUUUGAAGGUUUGGAGAGGAGAAUAUGUCUGAAACUGGAACAAAUCCAUGCUGAUAUUAAAACAGCACUGGGAACAAUCCAGCAAUCAGUGAGCCGGCCCGGCGCGUCUGCCUCCGACCUAACUGAGGUGCUUGAGGAGCCUUGUAGGACUGUGGCAGAGUUAGAGGACUUGUGCGAUCAGCUAAAAGAUGCUGACUUCCGCAAAAAGACUAUUCGAUACCUUUGUCUUCAGAGUGGAGCCAGUUUGGGGGAUGGCAUAAGGAGAAUGCUCCGCAAAAUUGGACAUAAUGCCUUAUGGGCCAAUUACAGCUACAAAGGGAGAAAAGAGAAACGACCAUUUCAGCCUCUGCUGAUUAAUGAUGUAAUUAUACGUGCCUGCAGUAAGGUGUACCCACAACACAAGUCCCAGAGUGUGGAGGACAUGAUAGCUGUCACACUUAAACAUGCUCCACAUCGUGGGAUAACAAAAACAAAUAAUCAGGUUGCAAGCGUACGAGUGGAAUCCAAUGUGGAGGAGUAACGCGCAGCUGAGAGACACGAGCGCACACAAAUACACGCACACAGACAGAAAGACAGACACACGCACGCACGCACACACACACACACACAGAGCGAAUCACAAUUACAAUCGUAACAAAGAGAAGGAAUAUAUCACCACAUGUAUAAUCAAAUAAAAGUAAUUUGGACUUGACAAUUCCUUGUACUUGUGUUUAUUUCUCAUGGUUUCAUUUGACACUUUCAAAGAGUAAAAUAUAAAAGACGUAAAAAGGCCUUUUAGCGAACGUCCCCUAAAGGUCCCGAACGUCCUUUGUAGGUCCUGUGAACGUCCCCUAAAGGUCCCGAAUGUCCCUUGUAGGUCCUGUGAACGUCCCCUGAAAGUCCCCGGGGACGUCCCGUUAACGUUUAAAGA